CCUCCAUUCCUCGAACCCUAGCGAGCUCCUGCUAUAAAUACCCGCGACGAGGCGUGUGGCCGCCACACUCCAAUAUCUCUACCCAGCUGCAGCCGCUUCUCGUACACACUCACGCCAUUCCCAGCCCGAUCCAUCGGCCCCGUGCUUCCUCUCGAUCAACUGCGCGAGGCCUCCAGCGCGCCGCGGAUCCAUCCAUGGACCCUCACGUCAGCUCCCACGUGCACGCCGGCGCCGCGCGCGGGGCGAAGGAGGCAGACGACGUCGUCGACGUCGAGGCGGCCACCGAUCCCUCGUCGACGAAGCCAUCCGACCACGCCGUUCACCCGAGCGGCGGCAACAACGACGAAGGCGUGAACUACAUGGCCCGCGCGCAGUGGCUCCGCGCGGCGGUGCUGGGCGCCAACGACGGGCUCGUCUCGGUAGCGUCGCUCAUGAUCGGCGUCAGCGCGGCCAACUCCGCCAAGAAGACGAUGCUCGUGUCGGGGCUGGCGGGGCUGGUGGCGGGCGCCUGCAGCAUGGCGAUCGGCGAGUACGUGUCCGUGUACGCGCAGUACGACAUCGAGGUGUCCCAGAUCAAGCGCGACGACGACAGCCCCGGCGCCAAGGACAGGAAGAACCUGCCGAGCCCGGCGCGGGCGGCGCUGGCCUCGGCGCUGGCGUUCGCGGUGGGCGCGCUGGUGCCGCUGCUGGCGGGCGGGUUCGUGAAGCCGUGGGGCGCCAGGGUCGGGGCCGUGUGCGCGGCGACCACCGUGGGGCUGGCGGGGUUCGGGGCCGCCGGCGGGUACCUGGGCGGCGCCAGCAUGGCGAGGUCCGGGUUCAGGGUGCUCGCGGGCGGGUGGCUCGCCAUGGCCGUCACGUACGGCGUGCUCUGGCUCUUCGUCAGGGUGUUCCACAUCCAGGUCUCGUCGCUGGCCUGAUGUGAAUGAAUGCGUACAGGAUUGGUCUUCAUGCGCUGGUUUGCAGCUGGCUGUCACUUAGUAGAACGAGAUUUGGUGCUCUUCAUGCGCAUGGUACGGUUAAUGGCUUUCCAUAUCUGAGUAGAGAUCCCCAUUCCCUGGGUACAAUGAAAGGCGGGUCGGGUUAUAAGGGGAUCGAUGUGUAAUGGCUAUACUUACUUGGUUGUAAUGUAAGGCAAGGCCAGUCUCUGGAAA